AGAAGAUAGGCAUAUGUGAGAAGAAACAAUCAGAUUGCCAGGAUUUAGGAAUCUGUUUAAAUGUUAAUUACCUAUUUGGAAUUGGUCUUAAAAAUUUAAAGCAAUGUAAAGCUGGAUAGUUAAAGAUAAAAAAAGAGUAAAGGAAGAAUACAAGUUUUCUAUACUAUGAAGCAACUGAGAUUAUUAUGAUUUUGGGGCAGUGAAUUUGUUUCUAAAAGUUUUGUUGAAACUAAGGCAAAAAGGAAGAAAAACAAAUGACCUCAGAAUGAAAAAUUUUAAGUUACUCUACUUAACCACCAUGAAUGAUAGUCUUGUCUCACCAACCCCAGCCCAUCAUCUGUUGGAUUUGGAGCUCAGCCUUCAAAAAAGAAGAUUAUCCUAACUGCCCCUUAUGACUAAUGCAGAGGCUAUGGCUGAAAAAGCAAAAUGUCCUACAUUAGAGAUCACCAAGCAAGACUUUUUUCAAGAAGCAAAAACUCUCAUUGCCCAGCAUUAUGAGAAAAUAAAUGAGAAUAAAGUUCAAGGUACUUCUGUAAAUGUUUUUAGAAAGAAACACCAAAAACUGAAAUCUGGCAAAUACAUACCUUUGGCGAUUGACCAAAAGGAAACGCAUGAUGUGCUGCAAGAACAUCGGGCAGUGCUCAGGAGGAUUUGCUUUCCCAAGGAGCUUUCCAAAAGUGGACAUCUUCAGGAACCCCUACCACCAAUCUCCUUCAAGGAACCACACAUUUUUAAUAGAAGAGAAAAAUGCAGGCCCAUAGAUCUAAUUACAAAAGGACAAGUUAAACUGGACAAAAUCAUGACUAAUAUUGAACCAGUGAGUAAGAAAAUGGAGACAGCAAAGCACCAGCACUUUGAGGAGUCCAGGUAAUAUCUACCUUCAUGUUUUGGAAACAGAAUGUUGGAAUCACUCUCUCCCUUUCCUGUCCAUCUUUACUUACGACCUGGGACCUCUACCUCGGAACUUCUGAAAGAACCUGACAAUGUGUUCUCUGACUGGAGAGGAUUUGUGCCGACAAGGUCUUUCCGUUUGGCUUGUGACUCCGGUCAAGUUAGUUUCUCUCAAUCAUCAUCAAUAUUUCGGCAUUAUUAUAAUAAAACCUUUAUUAAAAAGGAACAGCAACCUAUCAAGCCAGAACCACAAUCACAACCCAGGAUAAAAGAUACUCCAAGUAAAACUGAUAAACUUGACAGUAAAGUUAAAAGAAUUGGACCACACAUAGAAAUCUUCCAAGUGUUCCGAGGAAGGAAAAAAUUCAUGAUUACCAGAAAAUUGAUUAGAAUGAUCACCAUCAUGCAGGCACAUGUCAGGGGGUGGCUUGAACGCAAAAGACUGCAAAGAGUAAUGACCAAGGCUUUGUAUCAUGGACCGGAUGUGAAAGCAGUUAUUAACAUGUAUAGCAGACUAAUCCACCGUGUUCGACAUCGACAUGGUCUUUGGAGGACAAGACAAAUUGUCAACUUAGCAGAGCUGGAGGAAUGGAUGGACCGAAAAAAAUUCUAUGAAAUAAUGUUUGCUAAGAGAGAAAAUUGGCAAAAAAUAGAAAGAGGAGAGCUACCCAGUUUCUUCAGUGACUGUGGUCAUUUCCCAACUCAGAAACAAAUUGAUGAUACUUGGGACCUGGUCCAUCAAGAUGGCAAAGAAAAAUAUUCUGAACUAAUCAAAAAGUCCAAAGCAAUUGAAAUGUUAUUUACACUCUAUCCUCCUGAAGGUGCGAAUGUGCCUAACAGUACACGACUCAAGUCAACUUGGUUGAGACCCAUAGUAAAUGGGGAAGAAGGAUAUAGAUACAUAGUGAAUGGACAUCCAAUACUCAAACGAGCUAACAUUCAGGCUGUUGGAAAGUUGGUGGCUGGAUCCAUAAGAGAAAGGAAAAUGAGACAACAUUAUAAGUCAUGAAAGGUUGAAUGA